AUGAACUUCAGGCGAAGCUCACUCAUUCUACUGCUGAUGCUGGUGUUGCUUUACUUUUGCGCAGAGUCGGAAGCCAAAAAGUGGCGUUCACAUCACAAGAAGAGAAGUAAUUCACCUAAAAUUUCGGCCACUUUUCGUACAGUACCGCCAAAACGCAAACCAAUGCCAAAGCAUCUAACCGCUGCACACAAACGAAAUGCGAAAAUGAACUACUACCAUCCGCUGCCCACCAGUUGGCCUACUCACUUUGCGGAUACUUUGCCACCUACAUACUACUUAGCCUCGAACUAUCCACGUUGGCGCUCUUAUCUUACAGCGCCGGCGCGAAGAAGUACACUAAGAAAAAUGGAUUUGACGCCACCAUUUGUGCCCCUUCUUCCGUUUGCUGCACAUCCGACGGCAAUGCGGCGCGCCGAUGAAUUCGAUAUUAACAGCAGCAGCAGCACUUUAUCCACUGCACCUUUGGUCGAUAUGAGCGCUUUCAAUGCCGCCAUUGCGGAUGGUAUUCUGGACACUGACUUUUCCCAAUCGUCUGCAAAUCGAGACUUUCUACAACCGGAGAUUUCAUUAGGUGGCUGGACGCCAGUGGACUACAAGUCGUUUAUGUCAGAUGCGGAUUUCAGUCUCUUAAAAGAUCAGAUGGAUCUAAGCCAUCGACUGGACAUGGACGGACCGAUGUAUAGCAACCCCUUUGAAAGACAUUUUGUUUAA